GUGAAGAUCAUGCUGUCGGUGUGGUGCUUCAUGGUCUUUGCUGCAGUGGGCGAGAGGCUUGCAGUCUCAGGUGUGGACAGGAGCCCGGUGCAGGAUGGAGAUGGAGGCAUCUGGGACUGGUUCACCCCAUCCGGGCGGCCAAAUGGCGAGGACGCCACAACUGAGGUUACCUAUCCAAAGCGGCUGGUGCAGCAGACUCGGUCGGAGGAGGAAAUGGCUCAUGACUUCUUGGAUACCAGGGUGAAGAACGAUACCGGGGACACUUUGCCCGUCCACUUGGCCCAGAGCUGUUUCCAAGUGGAAGCUUUUGGACUCACUUUCACUCUGGACCUGGAGUUAAACCAUCAUCUCCUGUCUUCAGAAUAUGUGGAACGGCACUUUAACCAGGAUGGCAGACCCUCACAGUCUGUGGGAGGGGAGCACUGCUACUACCAGGGAAGGUUAAGAGGUUUAUCAGAGUCCUGGGCAGCUGUCUCCACCUGUCAUGGCUUGUGCGGCAUGUUCUCUGAUGGCUUCUUCUCUUAUGGGAUUGAACCAAUUCACAAUGGGAGCAAUCAGGAUAAUGGCGCUCACUUAAUCCGCAGGAUGCCUGAUAUCAGACUUUCCCCACACUGCCCAGACUGUACAGAGGAUAGCGAGUGGAAUAGCAGAGGAGGUGACGGUGAUGACAACACACCAGAUCAAAUGAGUGAGCAGCAGGUGUCUGGGGGGCUGAGGCGAUCCAAGCGAUUUGUUCGCAAGCCCUCCGUCCAGACUGAGACCAAAUACAUUGAGCUGAUGGUGGUCAACGACAAUGACAUGAUUGUACAGCUGCGUCGCUCUGGCAGCCAAACCAAGAACUUUGCCAAAGCGGUGGUCAACAUGGCAGAUGCGAUCUACAAGGAACAGCUGAACACACGAAUUGUGUUGGUUGCCAUGGAGACCUGGACGUCUAAAAAUAUGAUGCCAGUAGUGGAAGACCCAUUGAUAACGCUACAGAACUUCAUGAAGUACAGAAAAGACAACAUCAAAGAGCAGAGUGACGUCGUCCAUCUUUUCUCAGGGCGUACGUUUCAAAGUAGCCGCAGUGGGACGGCGUACACAGGAGGAGUGUGCUCUCUAACGAGGGGAGGAGGUAUCAACGAGUAUGGGAAUGUAGGUGCAAUGGCCAUCACUUUGUGCCAGAGCCUUGGCCAGAACAUUGGGAUGAGGUGGAACAACGCACGCAACUCUGCAGGAGACUGCAGAUGCCCGGACACAUGGCUGGGCUGCAUCAUGGAAGACACGGGAUACUACCUGCCCAGAAAGUUUUCUCGCUGCAGUGUUGACGAGUACAUCCAGUUCUUGCUCCAGGGGGGUGGGAGCUGCCUCUUCAACAAGCCCAACAAGCUGCUGGACCCUCCAGAGUGUGGGAAUGGCUUUGUGGAGCCAGGGGAAGAGUGUGAUUGUGGAUCCCAGGUGGAGUGCGCCCGUAGUGGAGGAGCCUGCUGCAAAAAGUGCACACUUACUCAUGACGCCAUGUGUAGUAAUGGACUGUGCUGCAGUGGGUGCAAGUAUGAACGGAGAGGCGUGGUGUGUCGAGAUGCUGUGAAUGACUGUGAUAUCCCAGAGACCUGCACCGGAGACUCCAGCCAGUGCCCUCAUAAUGUCCACAAGUUGGAUGGCUACAUAUGUGAUAAUACUCAGGGUCGGUGUUACGGCGGACGAUGCAGGACUCGUGAUGGGCAGUGUAAGGGACUCUGGGGUUACAAUUCAGCAGACAGGUUUUGUUAUGAGAAGCUUAACGCUGAGGGGACAGAGAAAGGCAACUGUGGUCCGGGCCUUGGCGGUCAGGGCUGGCUACAGUGCAACAAGCCGGAUGUGUUAUGCGGCUUCCUGUUCUGUGUCAACAUAACCAUGAAGCCAAAGUUCGGAGACCUGCAAGGUGAGGUGACCAGCUUCACCAUCUACCACCAAAACAAGUACCUGGACUGCCGAGGUGGCCAUGCUCUGCUAGAAGACGGCUCAGACCUGGGCUAUGUGGAAGAUGGCACUCCCUGUGGUCCCAACAUGAUGUGUUUGGAGCGACGCUGCCUCCCUGUGGCAGCCUUCAACCUUAGCAGCUGUGCAGGAUCCAACUUUGGACGCAUCUGUUCCGACCACGGGACCUGCAGUAAUGAGGUGAAGUGUAUCUGUGACAGGGACUACACAGGGAAGGACUGCAGUGUGUUUGAUCCUAUCCCUGAGCCUACGGUCCCGACGGGCCCAGAGAAGAAAGGUCCCAGUGGCACCAAUAUCAUAAUAGGGUCCAUCGCAGGUGCUAUUCUCCUGGCAGCUAUAGUCCUAGGGGGAACAGGAUGGGGAUUUAAGAACAUUCGACGAGGAAGGUAUAACUUUGCAGGGUGUUGUCCGUGGAGCAUCAUCCCAAAACAUCCCAACACAUCCCAGAUCCCCCCAGCAUGGCUCUUAAUUCUUUCAUCCACCCUCUGA